GGGUCGGACAGGUGUAACCAGUUGUUUAUGGUGAUGACGUCAUCGGUGAACUUUCUGCCAGCGUGUACAUCCAACAUGGCGGCCAGUAUAGCAGUCGGAGAAUCAGCGCCUUCCCCCACCAAGAAAUCCGCCGCCGAAAAACCUCCGGCGAGUCUAGAGGAGGGGUUUCAUAAGAUGAUUGUUGACCCAGCGCUGAACGAAGUGAGCCAACAGCUGGACAGUGCCAUGAAGAUACUGGAUGACUAUAACGAUACAUUAAAGAAAGAGAGGGAAGAACGGCUAGCUACCAGGAGAGACAUCCCGGGCCCUCUACAGGGAAGUGGACAGGAUAUGUCUGUUAUUCUGCAACACAUGCAGGAUGUUAUACAUGGAACAGAGGAGGAGAUUCAGCAGAGCCCAGUGUUUACCCCCAGUAUUGACAGUACUGCGAAGCUGGCGUUGCUGGGACACAGCCUGGCCGCCUACGCCACCCUGCUGCCGCCCGCCAGGCUCAGGCGCUUCACCACCAGGAUCAUCUCAGACACCACCCUGUGGCUGUCCAGGCUCUUCAGAUUUGAGAACGGCUCUGCGUACUACAAUGAAGAUGACAGAGAAGGGUUGAUAAAAGUGUGCCGACUUGUCCUACAUUCCAAGUAUCCCAAGUUUGCAGCGGAAGGCUUCAAUGCUCUGUACCCCAAACCACCUGUAGUGUACAUCAGUGCUGCUUCCAGACCUGGCCUGGGACAGUACAUCUGCAGUCAGCUUGGCCUGCCCAUGUCCAGCUUGUGUACUGUUCCCUGCAAUACUGUCUUUGGAUCUGUCCAUACAAUGGAUGUGGCAUCCUUUGAGAGGCUUGUGAAGGAUGACAUCAACUCUUCCAAACUUCCAGUGUUACUUGUUGCCAAUGCAGGCACCCCUGUAGCUGGUCACACAGACAACCUGACCAGACUACUGGAGAUCUGCAAAGCCAAUUCCAUCUGGUUACACGUGGAGGGGGUAAACUUGGCCACCUUGUCAUUAACUCUUGUUCCGGAUUCUGUGCUGCCUGCUGUUAAAUGUGACAGCAUGACAGUGACCCCAGGAGUGUGGCUAGGCCUGCCGUGCACCCCUGCUGUGACACUGUACAGGACUGCAGAUCCAGCUAUGGCUUUAGCAGCAGGCCUGAGUAACUCCCAGUCCCUGGAGCGGGUACGUGCCCUCCCACUCUGGCUCUGUCUGCAGAGUGUCGGGCACCAGGGCAUUGUCAAGAAGAUCAAGCAUGCUGCAGAUUUGAGUUUACAACUUUCCGAAAAGCUGGAUACAAUUGCUACACUGAAGAAAUCGGAAAAGAAGAAAACACAGCAGUCUGAUACUUUUGAGGUUAAGGGGUCGGUGAAGGAACUUCUAGUCAAGACCUUACUUUACCUUACCCAGUUUGAUGUCCCAUCACCUGUAGUCAUAUUCAGAUAUGCAGAGAGUAGAGACAAACCAGGGGAAGAAGUGGCACCAUAUGCAGCAGCCAAACUGGAUGAUGACUCUAAGGAGUUGGACAAGGAGAAACACAGGCUGCUGUAUAACACACUCAACAGAUGGCUGGGAGAGCAGUUAUCUAAGGAUGUCCCUGAGCUGCAGUUGGACAUAGUUGAGGUGGAGCCUGAGGGCGUGUGUCUGAGGUUUAACCCUCUACUCACAGCUGCCACCAGGGGAACACAGAGGGAACAUGUGGACAGGCUGGUGGAGCGUCUGGACGAGCACACUGCCGUUCUGGAUUGCACCGUUGACCAAAGAGAAGUAUUCCAAGCUGCUGUAGAGGGCCAUCCCAACCUUCUGUCCAUUGAUGAUGCCACCUGGCCAGGAGUUGGGGUACUGCAAUACAUUCCUGAGUACUGGGGUCAUCACUCACUGGAGAACCUGACAGAGGAAACCAAAACUGAAAUGGACAAACUCAAUGCUGACAUAGUCAACAAGCUGUCAGUCAAAGAGGACAUGAGGUUCCUGAAGAGCACUGCCCCUAACGGGAGGGCGUGUGUGUGUGUAGGACUGGUGUCUGAUGAUGUGAGUGUGGAGGAACUAGUGCAGGAGAUUUAUGCCACAGGAAAGGAACUAGAGGACUCCUCCAGGUUCUUGGAGAGAAUGGCAGACAUGGUGAGGAAGGGCAUCGAGCAGGCAGAACAGGAACUGCAGAAGGCAAAUGAGGAGAAGAUCAUGGAAGAGGGUGUGAUCAGACAGAUCCCCAUAGUGGGGUCUAUGUGGAACUGGCUGUCUCCUCUCCAGGCCAAGACUCCUGGAGGCAAUGUCAAGGGCACCACCUUUAACCUCUCCUCAGGUUCUGUGGAAAGUACUGAGACAACUUACAAGUACAAGAUGCAGAUUCAGGGAGGCAGUCCCAGCACCAGUCCCCUGAGCACCCCGGUAUCCACUCCAACUAAAACAUCUCCCCCCAUGAAACUGGUGCUGCCCUCACCAUCCAAGGAUGAGGAGUCACCAGAGGACAAGACAGAUGAUCAGAAGGGAGAGGAGACUGCUGAGGAGAAGGAUGGGGAGGAGGAGACCAAGGAGGGAGAGGUAGAAACCGAGGAGGAGGAAAUUGAGGAGGAGGGAGAUGACAAGGAGGAAGGAGAAAAUGGAGAUACAGAAGCCCAGGAGGAUGAUGGGAAUGACCAGACUCGUGCCUCAGAAGAUUCUUUACAGCAAACUGAGGGGGAAGAGAUGCAAAAAGGUGACUCCGUCCCCGAGGUGUUGCCAAAUAGUGAAGACAAGGACUCAAACACAGAAGCUGAGACUCAGGACCCGGGACAUGUUUCAGACAAAGAUGGAGUCAGAGAUGUGGUGAAAACUGAGGAAAGCAAUAGUUAGGGGAUUACAGUAGGAUGGAGGAAGACAAGGAGGGAAUCAGUGGAAGAGAACAAGUUGUACCACAGCAAAGUUGUAUAUUUUCUAUGCAUUAUGACAUUAUAGUAUAAUUCUACAUUCAUGUAUAUGCAUAAGUAUAUUUAUGCAGUUAAUUUGAAUUGUACAUGUAAGAGAUUUGGCAUGCUUGCCUUGCUAUCAGUAUCGAUAAGUCUGACUUAUGAUAUUUAUUGUAACUGAUAUUUAAUUUGUCAUCAUAAUUGAUCUAAAAGGUGUAGGUAAACAUGGCAUCAUAGCCUGAACAAGUAUUUAAGUUUAUUAUUUGUUGCUUAGCUGCUACGGAGGGAACUUGCCAAUUUGCUUUGCUCUUCUAAAAUGUUAUGUUUAGCAAUUAUGGUCCGUAUAUGUGGUUGUCAUUUCUUUUGCCUGGUAAAGUCCAGUAUUUUGUUAGUACAAAAAUGUACUUCUAUAUUGUUACAUUUUCUUGUAAAGGUGUUAUAGUCACAAAUAGUAUGUGAUCGAUGUGUGGACUUUUCUUUUGUUUUGUUUACACACAUUUGGAAGGAUUUGGUUGUGGUUCCACUUUUGUGCUUGUUUUAUAGUCAUUGGUGACUGUUGGUAAAAUGUACAAGCAAUUUUGUUAGUCUAAAGCUUCCUUUAUGAUGGAAGUUGAGAUAAUGAAAAAAUCUGGACAGGAACCAGUUUUGUAGCUGCAGAUAAUUUUAAGAUAAAAAGAUAUUAUAGAUAUUCCAAAAUGGAAUUGGUGUUAAGUUGAUGGUGGUUGAAAAUUUCAUCAUUCCUUACAUACAGCUUGCCUAAGUGGCAACUUGACGGAAUCAGGAGUCAUCCUUGGAAUAAAA